AUGUCCAUUUUAAAUCAUGUCAUUCUCCCCGUCCAGGAGUGUUUACACUUCUUCCAAGCCUCCAUUCGUGCUUGUGUCAUCUCCAGGAGGGGGGGGUUAAAUCAAACAACAUUUACAGAUUUUAUUCUCUUGGGAUUCCAGAGCAGCAAAGACCUAAACAUUCUAAUUACAUUGAUUCUCCUUGUUGUCUACUGUAUGACAGUUUUUUGUAACCUUGUGAUAAUCAUAUUGGUGAUCUACAGCAAAACCCUCCAAUCUCCUAUGUACUUUUUCCUCACUCAAUUGUCUACAAAUGAUAUACUACUGACCUCAGCGAUUGUUCCCAACACACUCAAUGUUUCACUUAAUGAUGGCGGGACAAUUUCAUUUGCUGGUUGCAUCACCCAGUUUUAUUUUUUUGCUGCAUCAGAAACCUUUGAGUGUCUUCUUCUUACAGUGAUGUCUUAUGAUCGAUAUUUGGCCAUUUGUCACCCACUGCGUUAUUCCGUGUUAAUGAAUAGAUGGCUUUGUUUAAAACUGGUUUUUGUCUCUUGGAUGUUAAGUUUUUCAAUCACACUGAUUGAUACUUUAACGUUAUCUAAGUUAGAGUUCUGCAAAUCAAACAUUAUUGACCAUUUCUUUUGUGACCUGGACCCUUUGAUGGAAAUUUCUUGCUCUGAUACAUAUUACCUUCAGUUAGAAGUUUCCUUACUAAGCAUUCCACUUGUAAUCAUGCCAUUUAUGAUGAUUGUGAUAUCUUACACUUAUAUCAUAUUUGCCAUCUUAAAGAUCCAGUCUAAGGCUGGUAAACAGAAGGCCUUCUCUACCUGUAGUUCCCACCUAAGUGUGGUGAUUAUGUUUUAUGGGACUCUAAUUGGUAUUUAUGUUCUCCCAAGCAGAGAACAAGCACUGAAUACUGGUAAGAUUCUGUCAUUGUCUUAUACUGUGGUGAUCCCUUUUUUGAACCCCAUUAUCUACAGCUUAAGAAACCAGGACAUUAAGAAAGCCUUGGAGAAAAACAUUAGAAAAUUUGUAUUUAUAUAG